AUGAAGAUGCGGACUUGCGGGCUUUUCUGGCACAAGGCUAUCGUCUCGCUCAAGUUCAUCACCGAGCAUAGGCCUGAUCAGGGACUGCUGACUAUCUUUCGAUCCACAGCCUUCGGUGGCAAGUUGGAGAUACGUCUCCGACAUGGAGCAAGUAGUCUCACUUCCAUAUCAGGGAAAGAGGUACGCCUCCGUCAGCUCCAAAUUCGCUACGGACGGUGGCGCCAAAGUGUAACGCUACGUGCUCCGACCAGCGUUAUCUUUGAGACGUGGUGGGCGGCGCUUGAAAAUGCGUUUGCCUUGCCAAACUUUUUGGCUAUCCCCAUCGUUGACGCGCGUGCGCGCCAGGUGACAAUUGCACCAGUACUGCCUGCACGACGCAACGCAACGCGUUCCAAGCAGUUAGCGGCGCUAGUAGAAACCGUGGCGGAAGUAGAGCGUGAGGACACCUCGAUUGACGAUAUGCCCAUGCUUGAAGCUAGAGGCCCUUCGUCUCCUACCGAAAUUGACAUCCUUGCGAGCUGGCGGACAUGGGAAAGUCAGGACUCAUUUUCCUUACCACCAAGUACCAGCACUGUUCUUGCACCCAAUAAUGUUCCCCGAAGCACCAGUGACGACGAUCUCGCCGCCUAUGAAAGCGAUGAUAUUGACGAAAGUGACAACAGCAACAAACACUCGAGUUACAUUGACAUCAGCGAAUCUUGGUCUAGACCAUCAGAGUGGGCAGACAUAGAUCCUCAAGACAAUCCCGCUCCCAGAGCUAUUUGUACUACCCACGAUCCAUUCGAUUUGGAAGUCUCUCAUAAUUCACCAAACCAAGACGACGAAGCGUGGCUUGAUGAGAUAGCCCGUUAUGCACUCCGACAGAAAAUUGGUGCAACGCAAUUGAUGGAGCACCACCCACGCAGCCAUGUUACGGGUCAACUCUAUCCACUGCUAAGACAUGCCAUGUCCUGA